UUAAAUAGAAAAAAUAUUAGACGCAAUAUGUGUACUAUCUAAACUAAAAGUUCAGCGAGGUUCUUUCUUCUCCGAGGAGCUACGCCGUCACUUUCGUCCGUAGAGUCUUAAAAUAUGACCAACUCCAAAGGUUAUCGGCGUGGUACAAGGGAUUUGUUUUCUCGCAAAUUCCGCAAACAUGGAACUAUUCCUUUGUCCACGUACAUGAAAGUGUACAAAGUUGGUGACAUAGUUGACAUUAAGGGCAAUGGAGCUGUUCAAAAAGGAAUGCCAUAUAAGGUUUAUCAUGGAAAGACUGGACGUGUAUUUAAUGUCACACCUCAUGCUCUUGGAGUUAUUGUUAACAAAAGAGUGCGUGGACGUAUCAUUGCAAAGCGCAUUAAUGUACGCAUUGAACAUCUUACCCACUCAAAGUGCAGAGAAGAUUUCUUAAAACGUGUGAAAGAAAAUGAAAGGCUUAGGAAAGAAGCAAAAGAAAAUAAAGUUCAGGUUCAACUUAAAAGACAGCCUGCUGAACCAUCUAAAGCUCAUAUUGUAUCAGGACGUGAGGCACCUAUAUUACUUGCACCUAUUCCUUACGAGUUUAUUGCUUAAAGCUGCAAUAAACAUGUUUUAAAAUAUAA